CCUCCCCUCCAGAUCCUGGAGCAGGAUGGUCCACGCCGAGGCCUUCUCGCGGCCCCUGAGCCGGAACGAGGUGGUGGGGCUGAUCUUCCGCCUGACCAUCUUCGGGGCCGUCACCUACUUCACCAUCAAGUGGAUGGUUGAUGCCAUCGAUCCCACCAGGAAGCAGAAAGUAGAAGCUCAGAAGCAGGCUGAAAAACUAAUGAAGCAAAUUGGAGUGAAAAAUGUCAAGCUGACAGAAUAUGAAAUGAGCAUUGCUGCACAUCUCGUGGACCCACUUAGCAUGCAUGUCACCUGGAGUGAUAUUGCAGGCUUGGAUGAUGUCAUUACAGAUCUGAAAGACACUGUCAUUUUGCCCAUCAAGAAGAAAUAUUUGUUUGAGAAUUCCAGGCUCUUACAGCCCCCAAAAGGAGUCCUUCUCUAUGGCCCCCCUGGUUGUGGCAAAACCCUGAUUGCCAAAGCUACAGCCAAGGAAGCAGGUUGCAGAUUUAUCAACCUCCAGCCUUCCACGCUGACAGACAAGUGGUAUGGAGAGUCCCAAAAACUGGCUGCUGCUGUCUUCUCCCUGGCUAUAAAGCUCCAACCAUCCAUCAUCUUCAUUGAUGAAAUAGAUUCCUUCCUACGGAACCGGUCGAGCACUGACCACGAAGCCACAGCCAUGAUGAAAGCUCAGUUCAUGAGCCUCUGGGAUGGGCUGGACACUGACUAUAACUGCCAGGUGAUCGUGAUGGGAGCCACCAACCGCCCCCAGGACCUGGACUCGGCCAUCAUGAGGAGGAUGCCCACCCGCUUCCACAUCAACCAGCCCGCUCUGAAGCAAAGAGAAGCCAUCCUGAAGCUCAUCCUGAAAAAUGAAAAUGUGGACAGGCACGUGGACCUCCUGCAGAUCGCCAAGGAGACGGACGGGUUCUCGGGCAGCGACCUGAAGGAGAUGUGCCGGGACGCGGCGCUGCUCUGCGUGCGGGAGUACGUCAACAGCGCCUGCGAGGAGGACACCCACGACGAGGAUGAAAUCCGGCCCGUGCAGCAGCAGGAUCUCCACAGGGCCAUCGAGAAGAUGAGGAAAUCCAAGGAUGUCUCCAUGCAGAACCUCGCCAUGGAGAUUGUUUUUGAUUAAGCCCAAAGAGCGUGUUUGCAGUUCCUGACGUGAUUUAGUUUGACUUCUGUAAUCAGUUAGCAAAACCAGUGCCGGGGGCGGGAGCGGGGGUGGCCCGGGGAGUUCUGUUGUCUGGAAUCGUUUCGAUACAACAACUUCUAAGUUAUUGAAAUUCCAUCGCGCCACUGGAAGUGCAGCAAGAGAUCAUGAGUGGAACAAUUGAGCCCAGCCCGAGAGUGUUGUCCCACACUGAUCCACUGAGGAGCCUUCCAGCAGGUGGGACACGGGGGCGCCGGGGUGAGGGGGACAAUCCGUGGCAGGGCUGUGCUACCUGUGACCUGUAUAUAGCCACACUUUUUUUUAUAUAUAGACAUAAUCUGUAGAUAACUUGAGUAUGGAAAAUCUUUUCUACUUACUGAAGCAAACCAAAUCAGAAGAUGCAUAGAUGAAAGGUUCCUCGAUACUCAGUUCACUUCUACCUUUUAGCAGCAAAUACCAAGAUAGAAACUGCUUCUAGAACAAAGCAAACUUUGAAAUGCUACUGAUUUCUCUUUCACGUGACCACUUGAAAUCUGGUGCCAUUUAGUAAAUAUAGCAAACUACUCUGUACAAAUGUUUGAAUACUUUUAAUUUUGUAUGAAUCCUGCUUUUUAAAUGAACGCUGGUUUUAUUUUGGGUUUUCCCUUGAUGUGAGCAAUUAGAGUAGACUCUUCCCUGGUCUCUCCUGAAGCCCCACGUGUUCUGAGCUCUCUGGAGCCGUGGCUUUCUGAGCUCCUGUGCAUUGUGCUGAGGACUGGCUGCUCUCUGUGUCUCCUCUGGAGGCCCCAGUGUGGCACCAGCCCGUGAAGUGUCACAGCUCUGGGGCAGGGGGGGGACACUGUGUGAUGUGUGGCUCUGUCCCACGCUUGGAUCCGUGACACUGGAGAGCAGAGGAAGGGUUUUAGGCUUGUAAAUGUGAUUUAGCAACGUGCUGUGCUUGUUGGUAACAGUUGUGGUGAGUUCACGUUCUGUCGCGACGGAGGCGAAGGGUUGCAAAUGUGAGUGGCAAAAGUGUUCUGGUGAAGUUUUUGUCAGAGAUAUUCAAGAACUUGAUUUUUCUUUGUCUAAUUUUACAAACUGUGCACUAAUUGAACACAAAUCUGCAAAGGGAAUUGUUUCCUACCCCUGGGGUGGAGUGUUGUGUCACAGCUCUGCUGCCUGUGAGGGGAGGGAGGCGCUGGAAGCAGAGAAUGAUGUAAAACCAAACGCACUGCAAAGGAAAAUAAAGUGAAAUAAAGAGGGCUGGAGCCCUGCCAUCA